AGCUCCACAGACAUAGAGUCUUCACAGAGCCCACAGUAAAAUAUAUUUAUCGAAAUAAAACGUGAGUUAGCUGAGCUGACAUAUGUCGUGUUUCACUGUCCGAACCAUGAAGGAGUAAAACCUCGGCAGUGGGAGAAAUCUGAUCUGGAUGGAACCGACGCGUCUACGAGACGUUUUCAAAUGUAUAACACUAUCUAUUGCAGCAAUGGAGGAUAUUGGUUUCCAUCCCAAAGCCACCAGUGAUCCCCCUGUUCCCAGAGCCACAGUCACUGAGGCUGUUGGGCUGCAGCACAUCCCAGCAGUGUGUUGAAGUUGUGUUUUGCAGUGGAUUUCUCGAGUCUGCAGAUGUAUAAGAAGGAUGAUUUAAUCUUGUUUUAGCGCUCCCGUCUGCUGCCAAAAAUGGAAACACUUGUAUGGAUAAGUCAAAGGCCGGCAGGGAAAAACUCAACGCCAAAUUCGCAGAUCCAUCCAAGUGGAGGCAAAACAAGCAGAAACAGCUGAGGAUGGAGGGUAAAUCAUAUGUGAGCAAACGCAAAAAAGACGGCGAGGAAGUAAUAAAACAGCCAAGAUCAAUCGGACCGCGGUGCACCUCGAAUGCAUGCAAAAAGACAACAAAUCGUCUUUGUAAUGAAAUCAAUGAGGAGGCCAGGAAGAAAAUGUUUGAUGAUUUCUGGGAGCACAUGAACUGGGCUCAGAGAAAACUGUAUGUAGCAGAACAAGUGGACCGCGACCCCGUGGAGAGAUCUCGGGCAGUGGGAUUGCAGUCGCGAAGAUCAGUUUCUCUGCGUUAUCACUUGAUGUUGGCUGGAAAAAGGCAACAAGUGUGUAAAAACAUGUUCCUGUCCACUCUGGGGAUAGGAGAGUGGUCUGUGCUCAACUGGACACAGAAAGGAACACAAACAAACAAUGAAUCAAAUGAAGACAAAUUACAAAAGAGUCAGACUGUCCCUCAUUGCCCACAUGACAACCCAGUUACUUCUGCAGUCAAUAACUCUGCAGAAAGUUCCCAGGAACAAGUGAUUGCCACUGACAGAGACAGGCAGCCAGAACCAGAGGGGGCAGACGGAAAUAAAUCCAGAGUUGCCAAGCCGCUGACGUGGAAGCAGAAUCGACAGAAGCAACUCAGGAUGGAGGGCAAACCGUACAUCAGCAAACGAAAGAAAGACGGCACCACCAUAACUAAAGGUCAGAGGACAAUGGGAUCGGGAUGCUCAUCCAGUGCCUGCAAAAGGGCAUCCAACCGCUUCUGUGCUGACUUCAGUGAAGAAGGGAGGAACCAGUUGUUCACUAGUUUCUGGCAGUGUAUGACGUGGGCUCAGAGAAAGGUCUACGUGUCCGGAUUAGUCGACUGCGACCCGGUUGAAAGAACACGAGCACCAUGGACUCAGUCGAGAAGGUCUGUCUCGAUGCGGUAUCAUUUGAUAGCCGACGGCAACAGAAAACAAGUUUGCAAAAAGAUGUUCCUCUCCACUUUGGGGAUUGGAGAGUGGUCAGUGCUUAACUGGUCACAACAUAUAUCCCAGCAGGACAAUUCGGAGCGAAUCACUAAGAAACAAACACAAGGGAAAUCCCGUAAAGCGUCUGAGCAUAUAGUCCUGAAUGAGUUCCUCCAGAGUUUACCAAAGGUUCCCUCGUACUGUUGUGGGACGUCCGUCUCCAAACUGUAUCUGGAGCCAGUCUUCUCCAACAUGUCCGAGGUGUACAGGCACUACUACAACCACUGCUCAGAGAGGAAGACCACAGCGCUCUCUCGCCAGGUGUUCUGUGCUGUAUUUAAAAAUAUGGAUUUGAGGUUGUGUGAAUCCAAAAGGGAUCAGGGAUGUUCUUUCGGUGCGACUGGGAAUUUGUUUAAUGAGCUCUGGGAGGAAUACUGCUUGGAGAGAGGAGGGCCACAAUCAGAGAAAGUGGGUAAUCCAGUAGAGAAGGGUUCAUGACCAAAAGGUAUUAGUGACUUUAACAUACACAUAUACACAUUUUGGAAAGAACAAUUCCAAGACUUUGCCUCAAUGACUUCUCACAUUUUAUCAAAUCAUUAUGAGGACUAUGAUAGAUUCUAUAAUCAACCCAGUCUCCAUGCAGCUUAGCUGUCGUUUCACUGGAAUUAUCUAAGCACUCCAUUUAUUUAUUUUUUUGUAAUUGAGAAUGCGUUGUUGUUCCCUAAAAUGUGAGUUAUUUUGUGAGAUAUAUAUUCUUCACCAUUAUAAUUAGUUCAAGACUAAAACAAAUGUGUGUCAUAAUGUGUGUUGGAAAAAUACUAAAACAUAUAUAUCUGUUAAUCUACUGUUUGGGAUUUCAAUAUGUGUGAUGUGUAAGGUCAACGUAAUUUGCCUUAAAGUAUUCGCAACGCUGCAAACUUUACAAAUGAUUUGUUUUAUUUAUUUUAUUCUGUGCUUAAGACAGACAUUAACAGACAUUUAAGUUUUCUUUUUUCUUUUAUGUAUUUAAUAAUAACAACAGAACAGUUUACAUAGUUGUUUUAGGGGCAGAGCACUAAAAGUCUGUUUAUUUUCCCGACUCAAGAGCUAGACUAAACCCACUCUUUCGUAAAGGUCAAAUUCAAACCACUCCGUCGCCUCUCACCCUGUAGCUUUUAC